AUGGUUGAUAUUAUGCGGUGCGGUGCGAAAGUUGCAGGCGCAGUGGUUGUCGGUUGUCCGGGGAAGGGCAAUUGGGAGCAAGAGAAGAAGUGGAGGUGGAUGCAGAUGCAGAGAUGCAGACGGCCCGUUGCGGGCGUUGAGGAGGGGGAGGAUGAGGAGGAGGAGGAGGAGAAGGAGGAGGAGGAGGAGGAGGAGGAGGCGGAAGCGGAAGCGGAAGCGGAGGCGGCGGAGACGGAAGAUGAAGAUGAGGAAGUGAAGUCGAGGUUGAGUGAGGGUUGA